AUGCGUUACAUUGCUGCUUACCUGCUUGCUGUCCUGGGUGGCCACCCCUCUCCUACAGAGAACGAAGUGACGAAGAUUUUGACCGCUUCGGGCAUCGAGUUUGACGCCAAGCGUGUGGCGGCUGUGGUCAAGGCCAUGGAGGGUAAGAACAUUGACGAAGUCAUUGCAGCCGGCAGUGAGAAGCUCGCUGUGUUUGGGUCAGCUGGUGCUGCUCCUGCCGCUGCUGGUGCGGCUGCCCCGGGUGCCGAGGCUGCUAAGGUGGAGGAGAAGGUUGUGGAGGAGGAAGAGGAAGUCGACAUGGGCGGUGGCAUGGACAUGUUUGGCGCGGGAGACGAGGACUACUAG